AUGAGAAACCUACUCUCAUCUUUCCCUCUUCUGGUGAUCUUCUUCAUCCAUUGCAAUCCAAUUUCUGCUCAAUCUCCGGCACAGGCACCAGCACUGCCCCAGCCCCAGCCACAGCCACCGUCACUGCCCCAGCCCCAGCCACAGCCACCAGCACUGCCACAGCCACUGCCACCGGCACUGCCACCAGCACUGCCACAGCCACAGGUAACGGCACUGGCUCCAGCACCAUCGGGUACUCCAACCAAUGUCACAGCAAUUUUAGAGAAGGCCAGGAGAUAUAGUAUAUUUAUCAAACUACUAAAGAGUACCCAAGUAGAUUCUCAUAUCUACGCACAGCUCAACAAUUCAAACGUGGGGCUAACCAUUUUUGCACCAGCUGAUAGUGCUUUUGCUGGCCUCAAAUCAGGCACACUGAACGCAUUCAGUGCUGGACAGCAAACCCAAUUGACGCAGUUCCAUAUCAUUCCUUCUUUUAUCUCUUUUUCGCAGUUCCAAACUGUGACCAACCCGUUAAGUACUGAGGCUGGUGGUAACAAGGACAAUGAGUUUCCGAUAAAUAUCACCACAUCAGGGAGUCAAGUGAACAUUACAACUGGGAUUGUAAAUGCAACAGUGACCGGCAUUGUAUAUACCGAUAACCAGCUAGCCGUUUAUCAGGUGGACAAAGUGCUCCUUCCGAUGUAUUUUUACGCGACUCCUGCACCAGCUCCAGCACUAGCACCAUCGAAGCCCAAGAAGCCGGCUCCAAUUACUUCUUCGACAGGGUCUUCUGUUGCUUCUGUUAAUACUUCUGGUGCGGUUCAGCAGGCAUUAGACGCAAUAUUCUUUCUGGUUGCUGUUUCUUCUGCAUUGUCUUUAUACCUAUGA